GGCUGCCCUGCAACAUCUCGGGUGGCUCUUUCCACUUUCCAAUCGUGCAGUGUCAAUCGAGCGAGGUCUUCGGAUUGAACACCACACUUUGUCUUGUCCAACCCAGACAACAGCACAUCAGACAAAAUGGCCCCCGCCGCUGGAGCAAAGAAGCAAAAGAAGAAGUGGUCCAAGGGAAAGGUCAAGGACAAGGCCCAACACGCCGUCGUUCUCGACAAGACCACCUCUGAGAAGCUCUACAAGGAUGUGCAAUCUUACCGUCUCGUCACCAUUGCCACCCUCGUCGACCGAAUGAAGAUCAACGGCUCUCUGGCACGACAGUGUCUUGCCGACCUCGAGGAGAAGGGCAUCAUCAAGCCUGUGGUCACUCACAGCAAGAUGAAGAUCUACACCCGUGCCGUCGGUGGUUCUGACUAAAUGCAAUGAACGAUAAACUUGAGUCUCACGAUUGUGCGUCUGGGCGGCCUGGACGAUAGACAGGCCGCAUGGUCGGAGGGUGUUGCAAGGCGAAAAACAAAAGCCUGGUUUAGGACGCUAUUCAUGCUCGGUUAAGCAUUGGGACGGGAUCGCUUUAGCACACAAGCCACGGAAUGAAAAAUCUUCGAAACGACCAAACUAUAGUUCCUUGUGAUUUACAACCAUGUGUCCCGAUAGUAUGGAAAGAGAUGCUACUGUCCUAUUUCCUACAACCAUUUUGCAAUUACUUAACGUUUGACAGGCUAUCAAACACUGUGAGUUAUGAGCUU